ACAAGGUGCUAAAUAAUUCUGGAAUAAUACUACCCCUGCACUCUAACUCUGUCCACCUGGAGAACAGAAGGCACACAACCACAGGACAGGACCACCCAAAGUGUCUCGGGCUGUCAAUAACACUGACUUGGCUUCAUUUAAUCGUACUUCACAGAGUGACAGGAUGCUAAAGGAUUCCACAUGACCUGGAAGAUAACCGUAGAGAAGACGCUACCAGAGGGAGAUCUGCUCCUGAAAGAGACUAUUGCUGUGUUUCUAUUUUUAGACUUCAGUGUUGUCCAUCUGCCCUUAAAGGAAUAGGAACAUUGAAUUCAUUUGGAAGAUGAAGAGGAUACAAAACUGGUAACAGAGCACCUUACGGGUUCAUUAAACUUUGAUGGGCAGCUGGUUGGAAUUGUCAAAGACUGUGGUUUCUGGAGAGAGUCAGUCACACAGUGGAUCAUAGCCGUCUUGGCUGGUCAGCUUCUUGGGAAGAGCGGAUGAAACAGAGCCUUGGAAGAAUGUGAGCCAUGCUGUGGUGCCUCUAUGGUCUCCUACUGGUUCUCUGUGUGUCUCCACUGGCCUGCCUUGUGACAUCCCCCUGUCCAGAAGGCUGCUGCUGUCCUCACCCUGGGCUGCUGGUCCUCUGUGAGUCCCUGGGCCUGAGGUCCUUUCCAGUCUCCGUCCCUCUCAACACAUCUGUCCUCUCUGUGGCCCGGAACCAGCUCUGUAAUGUGGACCACCUACUUCGGCCCUUCUUUAGCUUGCAAGAGCUCAUCCUCAGCCACAACCAACUGGCUCACUUCCCCCGGGGCCUGCCCCCCAGCCUGGAGACCCUGCAGCUGCAGAAGAACCGCAUCACCUACAUUACCACCGGGGCCCUGCGCCAGUUGGGCAACCUCACCCGCUUAGACCUGGAGGACAACCGCAUCCGUGCCAUCCAGCCAGGGGCUCUGCUGGGCCUGGGGAGGCUGCAGGUUCUGACACUGAAAGGGAACCGACUAACCAGCCUGCCUCUGAACCUGCCAGCCUCCCUCACCCACUUAGACCUAUCAGCUAACUGCAUCUCUGCCCUGGACCUCCCCUCGCUGAAUGCACUGGUCAACUUGCAGGUCCUGAAGAUCAACAGCAACUGCCUGCGCUCAGUGCCAGAGAGCGCCUUUGAUGGGCUGCCAAGUCUCCAUUCUGUGGAGCUGGCCAACAACCUGUGGGUGUGUGAGUGUGACAUCCUGUACCUGUACCGGUGGCUACUGAAUGGAAGGCUGAAGAUGGCCACUGACCUGGUGUGUGCCGAACCAACACACCUUGCACAUCACAUGCUCCUAACCCUAUCUGUCAUGGCUAUCUGUCCACGGGUUCUAAAGCCUAAUGAGAAAGUCUCUCACCUUAGUUUCACCACCAAGCCAGAGAGACAGCUGGGUACCUUCACAGUGAAAACCCUUGUGCCUGGUUUUCUAUACUCAUCCAUCAAAACCAGGGAUUUUGGAAGUAUCUCUGGUUCAUCAAAGCAAGAAUUGAAGGGAACAUUUCACAAUGCAGAGAGCCCCACUCAAGCACCUUAUCAAGACCAAGAUACUGCUCUGUUUCAGAUUCUUUCUGACCACUACACUUUACAGGAUCUAAGCUAUGAGGACUGCUUGUCUCUGAAUUCAACACCAUCUGUAGCCCCACCCAAGGAGCCUUCCACCACUUCUUUACCAAUUGAGGAGCCCAGGUGUUUAGACAAUUCUACAGGCCGAUAUCCUCCUGGUAAUUCAAUUGCUGUAGAGGCAACAAGUUCCACAAACAAGGCUAGCUCCUUACCUGUGCCCACUCCCAGAACCCUCACUCAACAGGGCUCAUCAGCAGUUAUAAGCCUGUUGGCUGUGUUGUGUGUGCUGGUGGGUCUUCUCAUUGUAGCAGUGCUGCUGAUCCUGAAACGGAUCCUUGCGCAUAACCAGAGGGUGGCCCCAUUUCAGCAAUCAUGAGAGUAAAAUGUAUUUUAAAAUAAUCGUAUCAAAAUCUUAACUGCAACACACAGAUGGAUGAAUCACACUUGCUGUGAUUUGAGAUCAACAGUAGGGACAAUGUGUCCCCCAGAGUGAAAAAGAUCAGUAUUUAUAUUUUUGUGCAAUGGCACUAUCAGUUCAAUUACUGAAAUGUAACUACCUCAAUUGUCUAGUUGUAAUUUGCCACCAGAAACAUGAUGCUGUCUUUAGAGCCAACUAAACAAAACUUGAUGAGAUUUUUGGUAAUGUACAUCAAAAAUGUAGUCCUUUAAUUAAGUUUCAAAUGCCUUUCUUGGGAGUUGUAAAUACAAAAUAGUUUUAUUCCAUUUCAACAUUUAGGAUUAUCAUUUGAGAAUUGUCAUACAUAACAGCAAACAAACCAUUCUUAAACAUCUGCCAUAACUUAACAGCACACACUCUCCAGCAGCUCUGAUACGGUUUAAACUGAAAGCAUCAAUUACACAUCGCCGAACUUGGCCAUGACUGUUGACCUGUCAUGUUCACCUUUUGAGGCCUGCAUCACACAGGUGGUUAGGAUGUCAGAGCAAAUCGAUUGGAAAGAACCGGGACUGAUUGAGUUUUGCUACCACCUCGUUUCCUUCUGUUUGAGCCUGUAGUCUGCCAAGGCUGCCUUUAUAGACAUUUACAUUUAAGUCAUUUAGCAGACGCUCUUAUCCAGAGCGACUUACAAAUUGGUGCAUUCACCUAUAGCAUCCUCUGCAAGCACUAAAUGGAGAUGAAUAACAGAGGGAGAAAUAAAAUCUUGCGCCAACAUCUGGGAUAUACAGUGGCUUCAGAAACAAAGUCUUUACACAUUGUUACAGCCUGAAUUUCAUAUGGAUUAAAUUGAGGUUGUGUCACUGGCCUACGCAUAAUACCCCAUACGGUCUAAUUGGAAUUGUUUUUAAACAUUUAUGAAUAAAUAAAAGGCUGAAAUGUCUUGAGUCAAGUAUUCAAGUCAAGUAAAGUAAAAAUGUUAAGUUGCAUGGACUCACUGUGUCCAACGUGAUUUUUGAAUGAGUACCUCAUCUCUGUACCCCACACACAGAAUUGUAAGGUCCCUCAGUUGAGCAGUGAUUUUCAAACACAGAUUCAACCACAAAAGACCAGGGAGGUUUUUCCAAUGCCUUAAAGAAAAUAAAAACCUACUGGUAGAUGGGUCAAAAUAAAACAGACAUUGAAUAUCACUUUGAGCAUGGUUUAGUUAUUAAAAUACACCCAGUUACUACAAAGAUACAGGUGUCCUUCCUAACUCUGUUACCAGAGAGGAAGAAACCACUCAGGGAUUUCACCAUGAGACCAAUGGAGACUUAAAAGGCUAUGAUAGGAGAAACAACACUAACCUAAAUGACAGCGUGAAAAGGAAGCCUGUACAGAAUAAAAAAAAUAUUCCAGAGCAUGCAUCAUGUUUGCAAAGAUAUUAACUAUGUGCUGAAUACAACAGCAGGGAGUACCACUUCAUAAUUUCAAGCAUGGCGGUGGCUGCAUCAUGUUAUGGGUAUGCUUAUCAGCAAGGACAAAAAGAAUAGAGCUAAGCACAGGCAAAAUCCUAGAGGAAAACAUGGUUCAGUUUCCUUUCCAAUAGACAUUGGGAGUCAAAUGCAUCUUUCAACAGGACAACCUAAAAACACAAGGCCAAAUGUACACCGGAGUUGCUUACCAAGGUGGCAUAGGUCGUUUUUACUUCAAAUUGGCUUGAAAAUGGCUCUCCAGCAAUGAUCAACAACCAACUUGAAAGUUCUUUAAAAAUGUACAAAUAUUGUACAAUCCAGGUGUGCAAAGCUCUUAUAGAUUUACCUAGAAAGACUCACAGCUGCCAUCGCUGAUUCUAACAUGUUUGACUCAGGGUUGUGAAUGCUUUUACAGUAUGUAUGUGAGAUAUCUAAUUUAAUACAUUUGCAAACAUGUUUAAACUUUAAUCAUGGGGUACUGUGUGUAGAUAAUGGAUUAAAUAGUCUCUCUCACUUUGAAUUCAGGCUGUAACAAAAUGUGGAAUAAGUCGAGGGGUAUGAAUACUUCUGAAGCAAGGCACUGUAGGUAUUAGACCAUGUCCCUAUUGUAGUAUCAGUUUGUUUGACUGACUAGAGCAAUGAAGCUUGACUGGUGGAAGGCAGAGUUCUUUGGCAAUAUCAAUGUUCUUGAUCUUAAGAGCUUCGUCAAUCUGCAAGUGGAAACAUAUAGGAGAAUAAACCUAAACCCCAAUCCUACCAGCAUGAUGCAGAGAAGAGUAGUGUGUCAAAUUUGGGCUGAUCAACUUACAGAUUUGCACUUUACCCACUCUGUUACUAGAGAACUGGAAGCAAUGGCUGAGCCACAGCCAAAGGUCUUGAAUCUAGUGUAACCGAUGUGAAAUAGCUAGCUAGUUAGAGGUGGUGCACGCUAAUAGCGUUUCAAUCGGUGACGUUACUCGCUUUGAGACCUUGAAGUAGUGGUUCCCCUUGCUCUGCAAGGGCCGCGGCUUUUGUGGAGCGAUGGGUAACGAUGCUUCGUGGGUGACUUGUCUGUGUGUGCAGAGGGUCCCUGGUUCGCCCCUGGGUCGGGGCGAGGAUUAAAGUUACUGUUACAUUGAUGCUGUUGACCCGGAUCACUGGUUGCUGCAGAAAAGGAGGAGGUCAAAAGGGGGGUGAGUGUAACGAUGUGAAACGGCUAGCUAGUUAGCGGUGGUGUGCGCUAA